CGAGGCACAGCCGCUGACCGAGUGCAGUGCGUAGGCGGUUGUCGUAGACGUAACCACCACGUGCUACGGGUCUGUCUGCACGCACGAGACCACCGCCAUCGCCGCCAUCCUGUCGACCCGUUCGGUUCGGUCCGUCACCGAGCACCGGGAGCAGCAUCAGUUUUUGGGGCCCGAUCGCGCAUUAGUGCUGCUGCUGUGUGCUGACCAGAGAACACUUGCGAACAGGAUAGAUUGUUUUAGUGCACCGAUUUUUUUAUCUCGCACAUUGCACAUGCCAGCCCGUAUUUGCAUCCGUGUUUUGUUGUGUACACUUCGGUCGUGUUUUGGAGCGUUUUGUGGCGAAACGAAUUAACGAAGUCAGGAAAAUAAACCCCCCUCAUCCUAAAUGCUAGUUUGGUAAAAGGCUCGCACAAAGUCCCUAAGCAUUAUUGUCACGAACCGGUGUGAGGUUGGAGCAAAUCACGUCACGCACCCAGCUAGUAUCCUUCCGCGCAGCGUAGGUCCGGAGUCCGGCCGAACACCAGUAUUGGUUGUGAAAUCGUGUGAGUGUUUUUGUGUGCUUUAAUGCUUGUGUGCGUGUGAGAGUGUGUAAGUGUGCCUCCCCUUUCCCAAAACCACCUGUCCGUGUCUCUACCCAUACAUAGAUAUAUCUCAUGUGAAAACCAUCUUGUGUUAUGGGAAAAAGGUGUUAAGAAAGUAGGAUUUUACAUUGCGGUUUGUGCGUGAGUGUUUGUGCUUUUAAGAAGAAGAAACCAACGACAGUGUGUGACAGGCAAGUAGACAGGUGAAGUACCGCCACCACCACCAGCGGCUGCAGUUGCCACUUUUCAACGGAAAAACCUCAACAACAAGGCCUCAACGACAACAACUAACCACCCGCACCACGGCCCACCUUCCGCUCAGCUUGCGCGAUAAGGCUGUAACAUAACGAGCUUUCGUUGGAAAUGAGUCGAGUUUUUGCCACGCACCCAAACUACCGAUCCGUUAGUCGAUUGUGGCUGAACAGAAACGGCUGAAAGGGGCGGGUGCGGUUUUUUGUGCGACAAGCUUUUGUAACAACGGAGCAUCCCUUGGCAGCAAACAAAAAAAAAACAACAACCUCCCCGGGAAAAGAAAGAAAGCAGAAUCUGUGAUUCCCAUUAUCAACAGUAACAAACGACGACAGCGGCCUCUGCGAUGGCGUCGUCGUUCGCUAAUUGCUCCUACGCGCCCGAUCCGAGCGGCAGUGAUGCGAAUCCAUUCAACUACGGCGAACGCAGCCUGCUAGACGAUCGGGACAAGCGCGGAGUGACGCGUGCAUCCAGCCUAGCCCUUCCGAACCACACACUGUUAGAUCUGUUGGAGCAGAAGCAGAAACUGUACGACACAAUCCACCUAACGCCACCGCCGAAAGGCAAUGGUACCCGGCGCCAUUCGUCCGAUUCGUUCCCGAUGAUCGAGAAUGAAAACUUUCAAAUCCCGCAGCGGCAGAGCAAAAAAUCGGCCCAAGCACUAACGCCCGGCCCGCUCGUUCCACCGCCCGUUCCGAAGCGAACGUUUCAGGGUAACUUUCCCCGUAAGCCACCCGACUCUUUCGAGGUGCAGAAGCGAGCCUCACUACUCGCACUGGAUAGCUAUCAGCAGCAGCAGCAGCAGCAGCAGCAGCAACAACAGCAGCAGCAGCAACAGCAACUUCAAGCACAACAGCAACAGGUGCAGCAGCUACAGCACCAACUGCAGCUUCAUCAGCAACAGCAAGCUCAACAGCAGCAGCAACAGACCUACGCACAGUUUGCCCGUGCCGAGCGUAUCUGCAAGUCCGCCUUUGAGGAUCAAUCUUUCAGCUACUAUCCGGCCCCGAAGAGUGCGAAGAGUAGUGGACCGAGUGGCAGUAGCGUCGGUGGCGGCUCCAGCAACGGCACCUGUCACAGUGUCAGUGCGACCAGCUUCGACGAUCUGGCCGAACCGGAUGACUUUGUGCUGUUCAGCAAGAAGAUGGCCUCGAUCGAAUCGAACCGUUCGUCGAGCGAUUCGAACAAAUCGCAAACCACCAUCGACACCGGGUACGUGUCGGCCAACGAAACCGAUCGGUCCAUACUGACCGGUGGCAGCUGCUCGUCGGCGAAGGGUGGUGCGUCCUCGUUUCGCAGCCGGUUCUCGUCCGAGGACACCCAGUCCUCGCUGGAUAGUUUUCUCUCGUCCGAGUUACAUCGUACCGAUACGAUCGAUUCGCUACCGCUGAACGAUUCACCCUUUAGCCUGAAGAAGAAUGUGUUCAAUUUCGAUUUGAAAACGUCGUCGCUGAUUCGCGGUAGCAGCACCGUUUCGCCGAACUCGAUCGACGAAAAGCUGGACAACUGUUCGCCCAGAAGCAUCGAAAGCAAGGGCUCCCGGAAGCUACCGACUGUGCCGACGCGCAAAGGUCCCGCGAGUGGUAUCGUGAUGCAGCCGAAGCUGCCACCACCGGGUGUUGCUGGUGGAGGUAGCAACAGUCGCAUGACACCACCACUGCCACCGUCACGGUCCCAGCAGGCAUUCGAAACUCGGAAGCUACAGAAACUACAGCAAGCUCAACAGCAGCAACAGCAAACGCAGCCCAACAAUGUGGCCUCGGUACACAAAACGGCUUUGGAAAGUCUGCAGGAACUGUACAGUAGACCACUUGGCAUACGGCGCAACAUACACCGGCCACCACCACUAAGCCAGCAGCAGCAGAUGCUCGGAUCAGCGAAAGGAUCGAUGCUCGGUCAACGGCAAGACUCCACCAUCUCGAGCGAUAGCUUCUCCAUUACCUCAAGUCCGGGCUUUCAGAACAAAGCGAUGGAGAGUUCACUACUGCAGCAACACACCGCCUCCAAGUUUAACCGUUCGACGAUUCGCGGAAAGGUCAACAUGGACACACCGACCAGCAGUAUGGGUGGCCCGAACUCUACCGCUCCCAACAAUCUGACGGCGAUACUCAACUCGGCAGGAUCCACACCAGUAGGAACCAAUGUGACUCCUGCGUCCAUCACCCCGGGAGCGGUUGGUGCAACGAACGGCACCGGCGAUGUCAUGGGAAGCAUCGGUGUUACCACCAGCACGAUCCGAUCCGUUCCGCCGCGUGUAAGCAUGCGGCAGGACUCCAGCAUAUCCAGUGACAGCUUUAGCCAAACGUCUAGCCCGAGCUACAACUCCAAAAUCAUGGAAGCGCCACUCCUAUCGCACGCUGCCAAGAUGCCGAAGGUGUCGAAACCGAUCGCGAAGAAUCUGGACGAAAUUACCAAGGAAUCACCGGCGGACGUGAAUGGGACGGCCGCGAUCAUCAAGAGUGCAUCUACGCCGGCCAGCCUGCAGACGAUCGUUCGUCUUUCCAACGGAUCGAACGUUAGCCUACAGCAUAAGAAGUUUCAAAUUUUGAAAGCACGCAAAAACUCCAACCCUUACGUCACUAGCGGACGGUUAAAGUUCCGCCUAUGCCAGAUACUGUUGAAUGCCGUCGGAUUGCUUGCGAUAGCCGGUGGACUAGCGGCCUACUUUAACGCCUACCCCACGAUCAAGUUCGUGAAUCAAACCAUCACCCGGACAGCCGUUCCAGCAUCCUCGCCGGGAGGCGGUGUACCGGCCGGUCCUGGCGUGGUGUCAUCGGUACCAUCCUCAGGUUCUGGAGCACCAGCAGCUACCGGGACACCGGGACGAACCACCGCACUGGAUCUGGCCGGUGGUUUCCGUGGUGAUCGUAAUCCGGCGCCCGGUGUCUGUUUACCGGUGAUCGUGAAGUUUUGCCAGCAGCAUCGGGUCCCCUACAACUAUACCGUCUUUCCGAACUACAUUGGACAUUUCGGCCAGCCGGAGGCACAGAUCGAGAUCGAUCUCUUCGAAGCCCUGGUCGAUGUGCAGUGUUACGAGCUUGUUCCACUGUUCUUAUGCUCUCUGUUUGUGCCUAAAUGCGGUAAUUCCGGUGCAACCGUACCGCCGUGUAAAAGUUUGUGUACUGAAACAAUGCGUCGAUGCAGUUUCUUCUUCGACGUGUUUGGACUGGAACUGCCAGAGUAUUUGCGCUGCUCGAUCUUCAACGAUGCCGUAUCGGAUCAGGAGGAGUGUGUCGGGAUGGCUGAGUACAAGGAAUCGAUUAUACGAUCCCGCCGGCCCAUGGCCUGUUCGGGCUUUCUGUGCGACAAGCGCCGUUGCUUACCGAGCGAGUGGAAGUGUGACGGGCAUGUGGACUGUCAGGAUCAGACGGAUGAGGCGCACUGUGACUUCUGCGGUGAUGAUGCUAUCCACUGUGGAGAGGGACAGUGUAUGAGCCAAAAGCAAGUGUGCGAUGGUACGAAAGACUGUCCGUACGGACAGGAUGAAAGGAAUUGCAUACGUCUAAGCGAAAGAAAUGGUGAUCUUGGCCGGGGAACACUGGAAGUCUACAAAGCGGACCUGAAACAGUGGGCACCGGCCUGUGUGAAAAACUGGGAUCCGGCGACCUCUCCUACCAUGAUCUGCUCCCUGCUAGGGUACAGCUCCGUCAACUCUAGCCGUACCGCAAUGCGAGGAUCGAACCGGACGCUAAUCAGCACCAAAGAUGCCUCGUCCAUGUGGCGCAUGUAUCAGAAGAAGGAUGUCAAACUGAUCAAGGAGUUUAACAGCUGUGACAUCAACUCACGGUAUCCGGUGGCCGAACUGACGUGCUCUAACUUCGAGUGCGGCAAAGUUCGGAACAGGAGAAACAAUAAGGCAACGAAGCGAAUAGUUGGUGGAUCGACAUCGAGCCCAGGCGACUGGCCAUUCAUUGCCGCUAUCCUGGGUGGACCUGAGGAAGUGUUCUACUGUGCCGGUGUACUGAUCGCCGAUCAGUGGGUUUUGACGGCUUCGCAUUGUAUUGGCAAUCACACGAUGCGCAACGUCAACGAUUGGACGAUCCAGCUGGGUAUUACGCGACGACACUCUCACACCUACUACGGCCAGAAGGUGAAGGUGAAGACGGUUAUACCACAUCCGAUGUACAAUCUGCACAUCCCGCAUGACAACGACAUCGCACUGUUCCAGCUUGCCACCAGGGUAGCAUUCCACGAGCAUCUGCUUCCAGUCUGCCUACCGCCACCACACAUACGCGAACUACCGACCGGCAUCAACUGCACCGUUGUAGGAUGGGGCAAACGAGAAGAACGCAACUCAACUCCUAAUGGUGCAUCGUACGAACCAACGCUCAACGAGGUAAACGUGCCUAUCGUAAGUCGAGAUUUGUGCAUCGAUUGGCUAGAAACGUUCAACGUGACGGAGGGUAUGAUUUGUGCCGGCUAUCAGGAGGGUGGCCGAGAUGCUUGUCAGGGUGAUUCCGGUGGUCCACUGCUGUGCCCGUAUCCGAACGAAAAGGACCGCUGGUUCGUUGGCGGUAUCGUGUCCUGGGGUGUCCGGUGUGCCCAUCCAAAGCUACCGGGCGUGUACGCCAACGUGCCCAAAUUUAUACCAUGGAUUCUGUCGCAAAUCAACAAUCAUUCCGUCUUGCAGACCGAUACCAUUGGGCGAUAAGUUCCCCGUUCCCCAACGAGAUGGUGAUAGGAGUAAGUGUGUUUUUGCAGAAGGUAUGCAAGAGACUAGUAGACUGGCAGGCAAACGGUUUUUACGUUGAUGUUGUACAACGGCGCCGAAAGUUGCUAGUGAUAUUUGACCAACACUGGUAUACUAAACCAGAAAAGAAUAAUAAAUACGAACGCACCUACGCUACUUCGUAGUAAAAGGUCCUGUCCGGCCAUGGUUGCAUGAAUGUCGCUUCAGGACAGAAUAUCCCACCGGAAGCAAUGAAUCAUUUUCCCACUGGUCCGACGUGUUGCGGUCCGCUUUGUGACCAGCAUCACUGCUAUCCCUGUUACGCAACAACAAUAUCCGGCCACCGUCAACCGUAUCUGUCAAUCAAUGUGUGCCAUAUCAAGUGUAAAGGCCAUUCCGACUGAUCGGUCGCCAAAAAACUUUUCUUUCUCCCUACUCUGUAUAUUGCUGUUGUUGUUCAAAUAUCACUAGCCACAAACGAGGUUGUUGAGUUUUUGGGGGAGGGGGGAAUUUGGGUCCUUAUAUACGUUCUCACCAAAGCGAAGAACACACACAGGCAGACGGCACGAGUCAAUUUAUGGAAGGUGAUCUUCGUUUUAGAAUUGAGGCGGAAGGCAACACAGCAGCUCAUGUGAAACUCAAUGACAAUAAUAACGAUACUACUUAUACAUUUUGCACACGUUAAAACAAUGCACAGAGGAUGAAAUGGCGCAAACCGGUGACAAUAAUACAAAAUACCUUUGGUGAUAGAAACAAACAGAAGAAAGAAGAAAGAAGCACAUCUAUUUUGAUUAGUAACAUCCGUUUUUGGGUAGAGUGUGACAAUAGAGACAAUAAGCGUGACCGUGAGUUAAACUCGCCGGUAAGGAAACGUUGGACAACGAGGGUAUUUUAUUCAUUUUCCCGCAGGUGGAAAAAUGUGGUGGAAAUAUAUUUGUAGUGCGUAUUUAAAAAAAUCCACACAGUUCUAAAGUUUUAAAACAACUAGAAAAAAGGGAAAGCGAGACUAGCAGAUGGUUGACCACAUUUGUUGGAAAUAUUUGUUAGCUUCGGUUGUGGAACGCAUUAACUUACAAGAGUAUAGUGUUAGAACAUUAGACAGGUUCAUUUUAGUUUUAGCCCUUUUUUUUGUUAAAGCCACAUUUAAUACCGUUGAACGUAUUCCUAAGGAUAAUGAUCCUGAGUCCUGAGAGCAGAAGGGAAAGGCAUGCGACAAAUACGAUUAUAUUCUCUAUACAAUCUACAGAGCAUCCCCAGCAGCAAGGUUACAUACAGCCACAUAGUUUUCACGCGUAUUACAACUGUGCUGAAGCGUUACAUUAUUAUAAUUAACCAUUAUCACCUGCACCUACAUUACUGCAUAGCAUUAUCGACUGUUGUUGCAUUUGGAUGAGAUUUAAGGGAUGAGCAAAGAGGCGGCAGAAAUAGAUGAGGGCCAUUAUUUAUUGGAAUGUUGUACGUUGGCAGGUAUGGCUUGAAGUUUUGCAGAGGAUGAGAUUCUUAGGAUGGUUCCAGUUCAAGGGAGGUGAUUUGGACGGUAUGUCCCGUCAAAGCAGGGUGAUGCGUGUCGGAUAGGUGUGAUAUUUUAAUCACCUAAACAUUAUUUAUUAAACACCCAUUUACCACACCGAAUGUGUAUGAUUCAGCGAUGAAGUGGUAACGUUCAUCCUUGUGUUUAAUGUUUAUUGGAAAAUUAUUUUUUUAUUUCACUUAACCAAUGAGCUAAAUAUUUAAGCAAAGAAGAGAACGCCCAUUUUGAAUGUCAUUCUGGUGGGUGUUUUAAAAAUGAGAGAACUUCACAUUGCAAGGUAGCAAAAAUAGACAUAGUGAGUUCCCCUAUACUCUAUGCCAUUACUAAAUGUUGUCCUUUGUUCGUAUAUAAAGUGCAUUUAUUUACAAAAUGCUUCAGCUUUCCACAUGUUUUUAUUGUUCGGUAGACUUUAUGCACAAUAGUGAACCUGGGUGGAGUUAGCUGAUGUUUUAUGAUGGCUAGAGCUGUGCGUAACCCACAAAUUUAUUCCUCAGAAGGCAAACCGAAUAAAGUUCACCAUGGACAAUAAACUACUAAUCAAAUAAUCGACUUACUAAAAACUCAACAAGCUGCAAGUUGCAAACAGCUCAAAUGUUGCGAGUAAGAUGGUAGAGCAAGGUUUUGGAAGGUUAAAAAGGUAUUGACAAUUUAAAGAAGCAGAACCAUAAGCCAGGAUUUGGUGGAUAAAUAUUUUCCUUUUAUAUGAAACAAACAAUCCACAAACGCAGGGACAAUAAGCACACCGGAACGAGAGAGAGAGAGAGAGAGAGAGAGAGAGGCACAGAGAGAGAGACAGAGUAUAAGUAUUUAUGGAAGAUGAAUUUAGCAUUAUUCAACCGAGUGAGUAGCAUUAAUUAAAGUAAUAUCCGGUUCCACCUAAACACUAAACCCCAAGCAGUAUUUCGCCCGGCAAAAUGGCAAACCACCUGGUCGUGUAAGAAGCAGUCGCCAAAAAAACCCCCCAUUUGUGCUUUUUACUGAUUCCCAUAAGAACGAACGUAACGUACACCAUUGACGGGGCAGGAAAUUGAAACUUGAAACAUGUUACAAUUUAGUAAUAUUGUCGCCUAGUGAUGAAGACUCGUUUUUUACUCAUAUAUAUAUACAUAUACAUACUCUCCACAAGCGAUGGUCAGUAAAGGAAAUAGGCGGCCCAAACCAUGUGCUGCAUAUAGUUGUGCUUUUCCUCGGGUAAGCUUUUGUGUGUAGACAGACAGAGUCCGGGCCGGGAAAAGUGUCCUCACCACGCACGCACACCCAUCCACAACACUCGAAAUUAGUGUGAAUGUAUGCAACAACAACAAAAAUUGAAUGUGUAAGCUAGUGUGCGAAUGUGUUGUGCAAGUCGCUUAGAAUUAUGUACAAAUUUCGAAUUAAUCAUAUCCGUUAAGCAGGUGUAGCUUUAGACACAGGAAUCUAUAUAUAUACAUAUUGGGCGAAUUAAGGCAUUUGUAGCGAGUGAUAUAUUGCGAAACAAAACCACACACAAGUAGACCUUUUAUCAAAACACUGAAUGAUAGAACUUUAUGGUAAACCAACACACACACACACACAAAACGAACAACUUAAUGGCCCUUAGAACCCAACGCAGAAAAGAACCCCCACGAAAACUCUCCCACUCUCUCUCUAUCUUAAGCAACCCCUACAGUAAGGACAGUUGCGCAUGUGUACGUGAGUGGGCUGCUAGCUAAUAAAUACAUCAUAGGACAGCUCAACAUAAUAUUUGCAUAAAGGCGGACUGCAUAUGCGUGGCUUUUCGACUUAUCAUCGGCUAAAAUGGACGAGAGAUUCUCCAAAAAUUUUAUAUACACACCCCCCCAACCACGCGCAAACUUAAAUAAGGACAAGCAAAUUAAAUAUACUAAUGGUAACACACACACACAACCAACGGAAAAACAAAAAAGAGAAAAGAGAUUUUAAAAUUUUUCUAGUAUCGCGCACACGAACUCAUCAUUUGAACUGGUAUACCUUAUAUCACCAUACCAUAUGCAUGUGUGGAAGGAAUUAAUCGUACCGCAAACGACAUGGAGAAGAUGUCAUAGUGUGGUUUUGGGUUUUGUCGUACAAAUCUACCAAACCGUGUGAGUGUAUGUGUAGGGGAGGAAGUGAGCAAACUUAUGCCAACUCUUAGUAGCGUAGUAGUUAAGUAGUUGCCAUUUAUCCGUUAGCUAAGCGUAGUGCAACUAAAACACAGCACCUUUUUACACCGUGGCUAGGAGAACGCUUCCUUUAUUCUACCACACCUUAGGUCCUGAGCAUCUUAGGCAACAACAACAAAAAAAAACGAGGUGGAGAUGAGACAAUACAAACUAGCACACGUUUUAAGGACAAGCACCGACAGUUUCACCUAGGGCUGAAAUAAUGUAAUGGCUUCCAACAUUUUAAAAGAGAUUUUCUUUUACGACUACGAUAAAACGGGGAAAACGUUUGACUAGAGGCAUAGUGCAGUGCUAGAGAUAAUUGGAAACGAAUCGAAGAGAUUAAUUAUCAAUGUUAGAAUACAGAAAAACAAACAACAAACAGCAAAACCCUCAAAUUGCUCCGAUAGUCAACAGACAGCAAACAUCAAUACGCUCAAAGAAGAUAAUGCACCAUGCACAAAUAAUAGUGACAAUAAUGUAAAGCUUUUUUGGUAAAAAAAAAGGAGAAACCAUAGAUCGGUGAUUGAUUAUUUUGUUUAUAACAACGCACAAGUUCAACGUCAUUUGUACUAAGUUUAAAACGAACUGUCAAAUGAACUGUCAAAUGAAGUGUUCCGCUUCUUUGCUAUGCAUGAUCCGUUUAUAUUAGGUUGUUGGGUGUAGUUUUGCUUAGAUGGCCGUAGCCUGGUGUGCUUUUAUUACAGAACAGAAAGAUUCAGCAGUACAGCAGAAAAACCUAACUAACCUUAUUACUUGAUAAGAGUUAAUAGUAAAAACACACACAAAGCACAGUAGAUGGAAAACCAUAAUUAACGUACCAUAUAUAUAUAUAUGCGUGGGUUUCAGCUUUAACUAUGUCAUAGAGCAACAAAUAGGACAGAUAGAUAAAAUCGGCCGAUCGUGGUUCACCGAUUGACUGUUUGUAAGACAUGUACAUCGCCUGCCGAACACAGAUACAGAAUACAGCUACAUCAAUAGCUCAAUAGUAAUUUAAAUUUUCACCUAGUCUAACACAAUAGGAACCAAGGGGUUUUUAUGUUUUAGCUAUCUAUCUGAACGCCCUCGGUACAUAUCAUGGUUGAAAAAAACAACACGAUGUAACACGUCAGGAUUGUAUUUUUUUUUUUAAAUAAUUUUUCCCUUUCAAAAACAUACAUACAAAACAAUUCUGCAUAUCCAGAGGAAUGGCAUAGGAAGUACUAAAAUACUAAACUCCUCAAAUCGAGCGUGUAAACUGUACGUUAGUAGUGCGGUAGUGUUAAUACUACUACUAAUACUACUACCACAAAUUCCAAAAAAGUGCAGCUAGCUAACACAACCAUUAUGAAAGAGAGAAGGAGAGAGAGAAAGAAAAAAGCUAACACACACACACACACUAAAAAAAACUAUUCAUGCGAAUCAAAUAGAGAGAAAAGAAAAUGAUAGAUUUUAUGUAUUUCUUCAUAUACAGAGAGAGACAAAAGCAUAUCUUUUUAAUAACAAAAACAAAACGUUUAAAAAUUUAACGAAAACCACAUAUAUGUAUAAAAGAAAGUGAAGAUAUAUAAAGAGAGAAAUCGAGAAAUACAAAACAAUAUUCCCAAAUGAAGCAAACAAUUAAAGUGGCGGAAAAGAUGGAGCUGCACAUGCGCGUGUUGCACCGAAUGGUUCCUCAUAUAACCAUUGGGUUUGCGUACGCGCACAUAAAUACAAUAUAUACUUAUACAUAUACAUAUAUACAUAUACAUACAUAUAGGUCACUGUCCUGUAUUGGAGGUUGAUUAGGGUCUGAAUGAUAAGUAUAAAAAGGUUCCAUAAAAAUAUAUCGUAUAUCUAUACAUAUAUAUCUGUCAUACAGAGACUCGAGAGCGCAACAUACCCAAAUGGAAGACCCUCUUAGAAGGUGUACCUUGCCGUUAGCAAAAUGGACAAUACUUGCUUUUGUGUUUUGUAGUACUGUUUAGUGUUAAGUGAGAUUGGGGAAUGGUUUAACACAAACGCAAACAAAAUCCAAUAUCCCAAAACUAGUGAAAAAGUGUGAGUGUGUGUGUGCAGAUUAGAAACUACCCGGUUGUACCUUUGUACAUCCUACCAUGGCAGUAAUGGGGUGAGGUGGGGGGGCAAACUUUUGCUACAGGAUCAUUAUUUGAACGCAACGCAAAUACACGAAAUAAAUCCAAUCGGAUCAGUACAAUAAAAGAGGCUUAUUGAGGAUGAGAUAGGACAAAGAACGAGACGUGUACUAACUGUGCGCCAUAGUAAGGCUACCACUAAACAUUGCUCCAAUUACCGAUACACAGCGUUUAAUCACGGGUUGAGUGAGUUUUGUACAUAUUUGUUGUGCUUUUGUAUUUGAAAAUAAAAAAAACAGCAAACAGCAGCUACAGUGAAGAGCAGAUUGUUCCCGCGUUAACUAGGGGUUAUCCUUUUCUGCUUGCUGCUUUCUAGCGUAUCCGUGCUAACAACCACCAUUAAGCGCAAAAUUGUAACGAAAAGAAGGAUAGUCCGUUUAUGUGUGAGCAUAUCAUGCUUUGCUUUACGAUUGCUUAUAGGUUGUUAUGUUACAAGAACAAUACUCUAUACAGUGCCACGAAACGGAAAUUGGCACUUCUUGAAGCCGAACGAUCGAACUAGUUUAAGGUCGAAUUUUUUUUAACCUGGGGUUUGAAAAUCUAGAUUAUUUUUUUACACACAUUUUUUUCCAUCAUCUUAUCAAAAUUUGUCGAUUUAACUGGCCCAAAUAAAUAAAAUAAAAAAACAGCUGAUUUUAUGGAAUUUACCAUCCAAAGGGAGAAGUAGAGUGACAUUGGAGAUGGUUUUUUUUUCAAAAAUAAAUUAUUUUAAAAAUCCAUUAUGGUUUUAAUUUAUUUAAACUUCUAAUGCGAUUUUCUGCUGUUUUUGAUUUUUUUUUCUAAACUACUGUUUUUAAUGGUUAAAAAAUUAAAAUAAAUUUACAGUAUUUUUCACAUAAUUUUAAUAAUUACCAUCAAAGUCUAAUUCAAAAUAAUGCCAACAAGUGGUCCGGAUUAGUAGCUUAGUAGAACAUCAAAGUUUUGAGAGAGAAAUGGGGAAAAAACGAUUGUCCAGCACAAACCUAAGAAAAACAAUUGUUCAUUUUCAGAGUGUUCUGUUUGAGGCACUGUAGAUUUUGUUUUAAUAGCGGUGUACUAAGCAUGUGCGCCUGUAUGUGUGCUUAUUGUGUAGAACAACCUAGGUUCAAAGGUAGAACAGCGUUCCUUUCCAACUAAUAAAGAGAUAUCAAACGAGGAACUGUUUAAAACUUCCCCGAAAAAAUGGUUUUUAUACGAAGAAAAGCAACGCACACACAUACACACCACAUUUAAAAUUGUGACAGGAAAAAAUAUUAAAAAUCACAGAUAGUCUAAUUUGCUUAUGGGGGAAAAAAGGAAAGUUCCGGCAAAAGCAGACACGUGACGGAAUUUGAUUUUCAUUUAACUACUUCCCUAUCAGAACAUUAAAAUAGCUUCGUUCGUAAGUUAAAAAACAAAUAGCAAAAAA